ACAGCGGGGACGGCGCGGGGACAACGGAGGCGACCGAGGAAGGAGCGGGGGCGGCCCCUCCCCCCCCCGGCCCCCCCGAGGGGCGGCGACCAGCGGCCAUGAGGAGGCGCCACCUGGUGGUGAAAAUGGUGAUGGCGCUUCUGACAGUGACCCACCUGACCCGUGUCACACGCGUGACCGCGGACACGCGUGUGGUGGGCGGUCACGCGUGUGUCCCGCACUCGCAGCCGUGGCAGGUGGCCGUGCUGGACAUGUACAAGCUCUACUGCGGCGGCGUCCUGGUGGCCCCACGAUGGGUGGUGACGGCCGCGCACUGCACCACGCCGGGGGUGACCACGGUGGCCCUGGGCAAGCACCGCCUGUACGCGCGGGAGGCGGGCGAGCAGCGCCGGGUGGUGGCCCGCAUGGUGGCCCACCCUGGCUACGACCCCUCCACCAAGGACAACGACAUCAUGCUGCUGAAGCUCCUGGUCCCCGCCGCCAUCUCCGACCGCGUCCGGCCCGUCCCGGUGGCCUCGUGCCUGCCCCGGCCCGGCACCGCCUGCGUCACCUCGGGCUGGGGCGCCACCACCUCGCCCGAGGUGACCUACCCCGAGGUUCUCCAGUGCGUCAACGUGUCCCUCUUCUCUCCGGCCGAGUGUCGCCGUUUCUACCCCGACUCCAUCACCGACAACAUGGUCUGUGCCGGACACCUGCAGGGGGGACGGGACUCCUGCCAGUUUUUGUGA